CACCACCACCGCUCCCACGGCUACAGCCAAAGCUUGCCCGGGUAUCGAAUAUAAAUCAAAGGAGUGUAUCUAGUGUCGUUCGCUGCCACGUCGACAGUAGUUACGAAGCUGUGGUGUAGUUGCGAAGCAGAGAAGAUACACGUAGUGAUCUCUUAGCGGUGGACGUCGUUUCGCGCUAGUGUUUCAUAUCUCCGUAUAGCUCAGAUCUUCGAUUAUUCCGUAAAUCAUGAAGUGGCUAAUGCUAGCAAUGGUCUGCGCCGCCGUCGGCACGGCGCUGUCGCGUGACUGCGGUCCGUGCGACGAGCAGAAGUGUCGCGUGCCGCGAGACUGCGAGGCGGGGCUCGUGAAGGACGCGUGCGACUGUUGCUACGUGUGCGCGAUGCGAGAGGGUCAGCCAUGCGACGACGAGUACAAGUGCGGCGACGACCUCGCCUGUCGCUACAGGGAGGACUACCCAGCGGAGGAAGCUAAGCAGACAGUCUGCUUCUGUAAACACGAGGAGGUGCUGUGCGGGGAGAACGGCAAGACGUACAAGAACCUGUGCGAGCUGAUGGAGGAAUCCUACCGCAACCACGAGAAAGUGAAGAUCGCCAAGAGAGGCCCGUGCGCGACAGCUCCAUGGAUCGCCACGCCACCUACCGACGUAUUGGAUCUCAGCGGAGAUGACAUCAUCCUGACGUGUGAGGCCAUGGGUUACCCGAUUCCUCUUGUAGAGUGGAGCUUCACCAGCGCGAGUGGAGAAGUCGUCUACUUGCCAAAGGAUGACGACCACAUCGCCGUGCAGGCGCGCGGGGGACCUGAGCAGUUCGAGGUCACCUCGUGGGUGCAGAUCCAUGGUGUGCGUGCGAGCGACGAGGGAACCUACGCUUGCCAUGCCCAGAACGAGCUCGGUACCGCCGAGGCAGCGGCCAGGGUUAGACUGUCCCACAGGAACGAUUAAGAAUCGUAGAAGCCGAUGAGUCUCCAGCGUCGAGAGCAUGAUAGAGAAAUCUAGGACGUUCGACUCGAUCCCCUUCUACGGUCAGCGUGGGUAGCUUGGCGGCAAAAACUCGUCUGCUUUUUGUCAGCGCAGACGCAGAACGCAAAAAGCACUUCUCGCUCGCUCUCACGUUGGUCUGUUUCACGACGGGAAUCUUACAGCGUUCACGAAUAUAUCGCAUAUCCAGACUGUGGGCAUAUCCGUCUUGGUCCCCCCCCCGCGCUUAACUCCUUAGCCAAUACCGCCCUGUGCAAUAAACCACAGAAGAGACAUAUUUGUUUGAUAUGAAUUAGAUUUAUUGCAUAAGAAUAUACGCAUGUGGUGAAAAAUAGGCCGUUGAGUGUCGUUUUGGUUAAUUCUGCGAGGUGCUUGAUCCGCUGCUGCUGCCGUGCACGAAAUACUGUCGCUUUCUACAGCUGCGGCUCUCGACUGUGAGUAUUUACUAUACCGCGUGUGUACUGUACACGCAUACGCACGUCCCGGUCGGGUGAGAGCGCAUAGUGAAAGGGCGUAGCUUCCUUUACCUAUCCACACGCCUUUCUAGGGCUGUGCCCGCUAUAAUAGCCAGACCAUGAAAGAUGGCACGUUCGUUAGUGCUGCGCGAAAGCUGUGUCGGGCUGCGCGCGUGGCGACCACUGAACUAUAGCAAUUUGUUAUAAUAUUGUUAUAGUUCUGUGGCGGCGACAGCAAAAAAAUUAAAAUUAUAAUGGCGCAGAAACAGAAGCAGGGCAAUCACGCCAUCUUACGGCAGAAUACCUACCGAUAAAAUAUCUUUAAUUAAAAUUUUAUGAUAAGAAGAAGAUAGGCUCAUACAUCGUUAUAUCGUUGGCAAUGGAAACAUGGUGCUAUUCUAUAAUGCAUUUAUAUACAAAAACAUAUUUUUUAUGCGAUUUCAUUAUGUGUGUAAUUAAAAACAUAUAAACCAUGGGUUUUAUGCUCUUGGUGUAAUUUUAUGUUCACGUCGCGUCGUUAGUAACCGCAACUAGGCGUAAAGUGGCUAGGCCAUUUGCUUUGCUUUAUGUGCGAUGCACUGAAAUUAUAUUUGUUUUGUGUACGUUAGAUAUGUCACUACUGUAUCAAAUUAUUACAAAAAAAUACGUGGCGCAGACGUAGAUGGCAUACGAUUUACUGUUGAUUGGCAGAGAGGUGAUAAUCAUCAAAAAUAAACAAAUACGGUGUGGUUUACUUGUUUUAUCUCAACGCCGUUGUUUAUUUAAUUAAAUAUUGUCCCUUUUAUUGAACAAUUCGGAAUAGCUGCACGUGCACCGUAUUCUAAUGAAACUUAUGUAAUGAAACUUAUCUUUUAAUAAAAUCAGCGUAUCGAAUCUAUUCGAUGUGA